AUGGAGAAGGAUCCAAUACGGGGGGAGGAUUCCUUUUUGGCAUUUCAGGAAAUUCUUGAAACCGCAAAGGCCAGAAACGUCGAUAUGAUCCUCCUUGGCGGAGAUCUUUUCCAUGAAAACAAGCCCUCAAGAAAAGCCAUCUAUCAAACCAUAGAGCUAUUGAGGCAAUAUACCUUUGGUGACGGCGAGUCUUAUUUGGAGUUUUUAUCAGACCCUUCCAUCAAUUUUCCCCAUACAAAGUUUCCGAAUGCUAACUACCUCGAUGAAAAUUUGAAUGUCUCCAUACCUGUUUUUAUCAUCCAUGGAAAUCACGAUGAUCCCUCAGGGGACUCCAAUUUAUCGGCUGUCGAUAUCCUGUCUGUCGGAGGGCUCGUUAAUUACUUUGGAAAAGUCAAAGAUGUCGAUGACAUUGUUGCCUCCCCGGUUCUUUUGGCCAAGGGAAAUACACGACUAGCUCUAUAUGGCAUUGGAUCGAUUCGAGACGAAAGGCUUUACAGAUCUUUUCAAAGAAAUAAAGUCAAGUUCUUGCGUCCAUUGGAAGAUGAAGAGUCCUGGUUUAGUUUACUGACUUUCCACCAAAAUAGGUCUGCGCAUGGGCCAACAAACUACAUCCCGGAGGCGUUUCUCGAUCCUAUGUUUGACUUUAUCCUCUGGGGACAUGAACAUGAAUGUCUAAUUGAUCCACAACUUAAUCCCCAAAAGGAAUUUUACGUUUGCCAACCGGGAUCUUCUGUUGCAACCAGUUUAUGCGAGGGCGAGUCUAAGGAAAAGUUUUUUGGCCUGCUUUCAAUUACGGGGAAAAGCUUUGAGCUAGAAAAGAUCAAGUUGAAAAACAUUCGUCCAUUUGUGAUGAAAGAAAUCUCUCUUUCCUCGAUUUCAAAUCUUCCUCUUAUGGAUAUUAAGAAAAUUAACAAAACUCUUGUGGACCAGGUCAAUCUUCUGAUAGCACAAGCUACUUUGGCAAAAAGUAUCGAGGAAACACCAGAAAGACUGAGGUUGCCGCUGAUCAGGCUAAAGGUUGCAAUGAUCAUCCAUCAAAUCUUAACUUUGGUUAGAUUUGGCCAGCAGUUUGUGGAUGUCAUUGCAAAUCCCAAGGAUCUUGUAACAUUUUUUCGCAAAAGGGCAGCUGCCUCGGCAUAUAGAAAAAGACGAUCUACCAUCGAAUUUGAGGAGGACGCCCAAUCUGAGGCACAUUCAAGUGAAUGUCUUGUAAAUCAGCAAGAAUUGGCCAACGUUGAGUCUCUUCUCAUGGAGGCUCUUCAGGGUCAUUCGCUGCAAAUUUUGCCGGAGCUUGAAAUGGCAUCAGCGCUAAAGUCUUUUGUCGACAAAGACGAAAAAGACGCCAUUGAAAACACUGUUUUUAAAGCCCUCGAGAAAAUAGCAAGCACCAUUGUAGAUUCGGUAACUUCUCUGGAUACAGAGAGCGUUCGAGUGGAGGUUUUUUGUAACAUCCUAAUGCUCCCUUCAUAUCCCAAAGUCCACUCCAGUGAACGGGAUGUAGAAGCCUCGAUCACAAUCAGGGAAAGCAUACAGAUUCAGGUUCCAGUCAUAGUUCAAGGCCCUAUUGGGUGCGGAAAAACGCAUCUUAUUCAGAGGCUAGCGACUGAAUAUGAUGCUACAUUGACUGUGCUUGGAGUUUCUGGCGAUGCUGGAGACCUCAAGCUGCUUUUGGGGACAUUUAUAACAGGCCCAAAUAACUCUUUUAUUUGGAAAAGAGGUCUUCUUACACUUGCAGUGGAGGAAGGACAUUGGGUCCUGUUUAAGGAUAUUUCUCAUCAGUCAUCAACAGAAAUCAUUGCUAUGCUUGCCACGCUAUUACAAGAGAGAAUUCUUGUUAUUCCAAGUAGGUCAGAGCGGAUUGUAGCGCAUUCUUCGUUUCGGCUGUUCAUUACCCAAACAGAUGGCCACAUCCUGUAUCCGGGACUAAAUUGCCUCGUUUCUUUGCCGCCGCGAACAGCAUCUGAGACAAUUUCCAUCAUGUCGUACAUGCUGCUAUCAAUUCCGAAUAGCACUAACUUGACCUCUGGGCAAUGCAAGCAAAUAUCAGAGUUUGUUUACACGGCAGCUUCCCUAAACAAGGAACGCGUCUCUUCUAUGUCCGAUUUAGUGAAAGCCAUUAACCGUCUUCUGCCUCAUUUGGUGGCAGGAAAUGGAAAUGAGGAGCAUGGCCUUUCGCUUGAUCUCCGCCAAAAAAUACUUGAAAUUUCUAUCGAUCUAUUCGCCCUAUCCGUUACAAAUUACGAUGAAAGAUAUUCCCUUCAAAUGGCCAUUGCAAGGAUUUUGGGACUCUCCCAGGAAUGUGAUCUCAAGGUGAUUCUCGAGUCUGAGUUAGGUAGCAAUCGCGACAGUUAUUCACUCAAAGGCCUGGAAAAUCAUCAAAGCACACAAGGUAACAUUGCAAUGAUGAAGCAGACAAAAAUGCUGUUGAAUGCGCUAUAUAGAGGGGUAUCAAGCAAUGAGCCGAUGCUCUUGGUUGGCCCCACCGGGACCGGGAAGACAACAAUUGUUCAAUAUCUUUCAGAGUUGGAGAAACCUCCGGGUGGCCUCUUUGUGGUCAAUUUACAUGCGCAGACGGAACACUCUGAUCUCUUUGGAUCUUGGUCUCAACAAUCAUCAACCACCGAAAUCAUGAAGCGAGCCAUGGAUGAAUUUGGGUUCCUUUUUGAGGCAUCGGGACACAAACGGGAGGCCAACGGUACCCUGUUCUCCAAACUUAUAAGAUGGGCCUCUUGCUGUCAUACAGAUCCCAAAUCCAUAUCAUCUUUUUGGACUCAAAUUGCAACGAUCAGUAAAUUGAUCCUCUCUAAAAUGGGGCACGAAACUUCACACGAGAAAAUAUCGCCAAUUUCGGCGGAAGUUUGUGAUCGGUGGAAUGAAUUGAUAGCCAUGGCGCUCCGCUUUUCAGGGUCACCCUGCUCUGCAACCUUUGUGUUUGCAGAGGGCGUGAUCUUGAAGGCGCUUCAAACGGGAGCAUGGCUUUUGCUAGACGAAAUCAAUCUUGCCCCACCUUCGCUGCUUCUUCUUCUCGAAUCUUUGGUGGCUGGUCAUCCCGUUAGAGUAUUUGAGCGCGGUGACGAACGGCCUGUCUUCCGCCAUCCAUCAUUUCGACUUUUUGCUUGCAUGAACGGCGUGCUUUCAGAGUCAACAAGGCGCGCCUUGCCAGAAUCUCUUCGUGCGAAAUUUACGGAAAUUACCAUCGAUCCGAUUGAAAGAUUCCCUGAAGACGUAAGGCUGCUUGUUGACUCUCGACUUAAAGCAUCGAUGCCAACUUCUUUUGUGCCUUUUCCGGGCUUUGAACUUGGCCCGUUUUUCGUUUCCGUUUAUUAUCGCAUUAGGAAAGGACUGGCAGACCGUGAGCUAUGCGGGCCGGAAGAGCCUUCUUGGACCAUUCGUUCCCUUUGUCGAUUGGUAGAUGCUUGGCAACAAUUCAUGUCACCUCCGCAAUCGGGGUCAGUGCUUUGGGCAUUGAAGCAGGCCAUCAUGGUUGUUGUCGGAGGGCAAUUGGAUUCUUCUUCUGUCAAAUUUCUUCUUUGCACGAUAAUUUCCCAGCUUAUCGAUCCGCAGAUUACUUUUUUGCUUUCUCAAUCAGCAGUUUCCACACGCAAGUCUUGCCAUGUCGAAUCUGGAUCGAUGGUGUCGAUAACCGGAACCGAUGAUGGUGAAUAUUGCCUUUUUCUCCCAAAAGGCCCUCUUGAAGUCGAGAAGCUUGAUGCGUGUACCGGCCGCUUUAUAGAGACGCAGGUGGCACAUAAGUGCAUGCUGGCCAUUGCAAGAGUAUUUGCUGCAAGUAUAAAGAGACCUUGGGCUCUUAUGCUUGUGGGUCCAACUUCUGCUGGGAAAACAACUGCAGUUGCCGAGCUUGCUCGCAGGACGGGUCAUCGUCUUAUCCGGAUCAAUAACCACGAGCACACAGACGUCAGCGAGUACCUUGGCGCUUGGGGAUUUUCUCAUGUAGAUGAUGAGGCCAAGAUGACUCCUAUGAUCUCAGAGUGUACUGAUGGCUUUCAUUCUUCUGAUCUCGGCCAGUUGUCCUCUUCUCAAGCAUCUUCUUCUGGUUCUUGUGUGCCUAAAACGGAAAGCUCCUCAGCCUCAAAUCCAAUUCAUAUUCGAUUCGCUUAUGGGGCGCUGGUCCGGGCCAUGCUUACUGGCUCGUGGCUUCUUUUGGAUGAGCUAAACUUGGCACCUACAGAGGUACUUGAAUCCCUCAAUCGCCUUUUAGAUGACAACAGAGAACUUUACAUUCCAGAAACUGGGGAAACCAUUCGACCACAUCCUUCAUUUAGACUCUUUGCCACCCUCAAUCCCCAUGGAAGGGGAUAUGGAGGUCGACAUGUUCUCUCCGAAGCAUUUAAAUCCAGAUGGAUCAUCCUUCAGGUGGAGGAGGACCCAGCAGUGGAUGAUAUCAUCCGCGGUCGCUCUGGGGGUUCUCAAUCUUCUUGGUUAGCACCAGCCAUCUCUGCAAAAAUGGCAUCUGUGUUCAUGGAGAUAAGAAAAAGAAGAAGAGCCGGAUCCAUUCUUGAUAGCAACUCACUUAUCACCCUUCGAGAUAUGUUUCGGUGGGCAUUUCGCAUCAAACAAUUAUCUGAUGCUGAUGCCUCUCGCGGUGCAUGGCUUCUCGCUGCCCAGGCUGGAUGGUCGUUGUUAGGGGAGCGUCUUAGGACAGAGGUGGAGCGUCGUGCGUUGCAAGAUCUUCUUAUCGAGAAUUUCCCAAUGGCAUCAUCAUCACCCUCACCAGUGGAUAGCCGUGAUUGGCUUUUUUCUGAUUAUGGACGGUGGCCAGGUGUACCAGCCUUGGGGUCCUUUUCCCGUGGAAUCGUAUGGACAGGACAUUUUCAGCGCGUUGGGGCUCUUGCCAUCGCGGCAAUAAGAAACAGAGAACCUCUUUUGCUAGUUGGAGAAACCGGCACCGGGAAAACAUCUAUUGUUCAAUGGCUAGCGGAGUCGCAAAACCUUCCUCUUCACACGGUUGCGUGCCAUCAAUACACGGAUGUUGGAGAUUUCUUGGGCAUGCAACGGCCUUGUGCAUCAAUCGACUCCGAUAGCAAUGGCAAGCGACAUCGUGGUGGCAUGCCAUCGCCCUCUUCAUGGGUAUGGGUCGACGGGCCUUUGGUUACAGCAAUGAGAGAAGGACACAUUUUGCUGGUAGAUGAAAUCUCUCUUGCUGAGGAUUCGGUUCUUGAGCGCUUAAAUAGCGUGCUUGAGAGCGAUAACCGCAUGUUAACGGUGGUGGAAAACUUUGGAGGAAGUUCCACCGAGCCUAUGGUUAUUCAAGCACAUCCAAAUUUUGCUCUUAUUGCAACCAUGAAUCCUUCCGGCGAUUUUGGAAAGCGUGAACUGUCUCCAGCUCUUCGCAAUCGGUUCACGGAGGUCUGGGUGCCUUCUCCAGCUUCUAGUAUAGAGGUUCUUUUGCUGCUGCAUGGGAUUUGUUCGGAAGAUGUAGCUGAGAAAAGCAUACCAGAGUUCCUUUCCAGUGAGCUUUGUAACGUAAAAGAAAUUCCAAAAUGCAUCUUGGCCUUUUGCUCCUGGUUUCUUUCAUCCCUCAACCGCAGUAAUGGCCAAUUUCUUGAUCUCAGCACAGACGAGGCGCUUAUUGCUUCUUUUUCUGGGUUUGUAACCCCAGCUGUGACGUUAUCUAUCCGCGACUUGAAAACUUGGAUCGAAUUCAUCAAAAUAAAUGCACGCGGGCUAUGUCCAUCUAAGUGGUCAUCCGCAUCAGAAUCACUGGUCUCUUGUAAACUGUCCGUUGGGGAGGCGUAUUGCCAAGGGGCCGAGAUGAUAUUCCUCGAUGGGCUUUCCAUGUUAGCAAAUAGUGGGGGAGUGCUUCCUUUCGCAAUUUCACCGGAAAACAUUUCUUCGUUCAGAAAAACUGCACGCACACUUCUUGCGAGACACGGAGCUUUGCUUUCGCCCAUGGAAGAAAUCCCUCACAGACAAAAAAUAUUUUCUACGCGUGAGGAUCAUUCAGCGUGGGGGAUCGCUCCAUUUUAUGUUGCAAUACGCUCGAAAAAAACGCACAUUGCCAUUGAAUCGCAUCCAGAUGUUGGUGCAUUUUCAUUAUCCGCACCAACUGUGAUCGAAAAUGCGUACCGUGUAUUUCGAGCAAUGCAAAUAUCUCAUCGGCCGAUUCUUCUGGAAGGAGAUCCUGGUGUUGGAAAGACCAGUCUCAUCUCGGCCAUCGCAAAGAGAACCGGAAACGAAUCUCUGGUUAGGAUCAACCUGUCAGAACAGACUGAUCUUUCUGAUCUAUUUGGUGUUGAUAUGCCAUCAGGGUCUCUUUUUUCAUGGAGGGAUGGCCCAUUAUUGGCUGGCAUCAAGGCGGGUCAUUGGAUUUUGCUUGAUGAGAUAAAUCUGGCCUCGCAACAGGUGCUUGAGGGCCUCAAUUCUAUAUUAGACCACCGGGGAACUAUUUAUGUCGCCGAACUUAAUCGGUCUUGGAAAAUCGAUUCCACAUCCGUCCGUAUCUUUGCGACGCAAAAUUCAAGACGAGAAGGUGGAGGACGCAAAGGGCUCCCACAAUCGUUUCUCAACCGGUUUACCAGGGUAUAUUUGGAGCCUUUGAGUGAAGCCGACCUUGUUGCUAUUGUGAAAGGAGAAAAGGACCAGAGCUUGCCUGUUAUCACCAAUGCUGUUAAAACGGCCAUGCGUCUCAAUGCGACCUUUUCUCCUCAAUUUGACUUUAACCUUCGUGAUGUGUCCAGACUGUUGUCGUUAAAUCCUACCAACCAGUUCACAUUGCGGCGAGCAGAAGAAUUGGUUUUUGGAGCAAGAUUUGACGACAUGCCCGGUCUUGAUUGUGGUGAUGCUUUCGAUGCAACUGAAAGCAAUAAUUACCGGCUGUUUCUUUCUGUGAGAAAUGAAUUGCGGUUGCCACUUGUCGCUCGCUGGUUGCUACAAAAUCGUGUAGGAGAUGCAAUUGAAAUUGCGCUCCAUAAAAAAUGGCUUGUCCUUUUAAGGUCACCAGAUGCUUCUGCCUUCCCUAUGUCUCUUUCGGAAAUCAUUCACCAUUUUGCCGACACGAAAGGCGCGGUUCUUCAUUCAAUUCCAUUAACUGCACUCUCUGAAACCAGUGAUUUUCUGGGUGGGUUUGAACAGCAACCCGAUCAAGAACUUGGGGCCGGGUUCCAUUGGAAAAAUGGGGUUCUCCUGGAUGCUCUUGAAAAGGGACAUUGGAUAUUUUUUGAAAAUGCCUCUGCAUGCCCCUCUUCUGUUUUGGAUCGGCUGAAUGGGCUUUUUGAGCCGAAUGGGUCUCUUUUUGUGCACGAAAAGAGCGGAUUUGGCGAUCCCAUGAUCCCCCAUCCCAACUUCCGUGCAUUUAUGGGGGUAUCUUCUUGCGGCUCCGGGUCCAUUUCUAGGCCCAUGAGAAAUAGGGCAUUGGAAAUUUGUGUUGGAAAUCUGCCUCCCCCAUCAAUUCUGGACACUAUGCGAUUCCUUUGGAUGCGUGUAAGACACAAGUUUGGAUCGGAUUUGGAAUUUUAUGGAUUUGCAAAAUGGCUGCAUGCACAUGCGAUGACUGUGUACGCAAACGAUGAUUCUCGGAGUGAAUAUUUUAAAAGGCUACUAUUGCAAUUGCGCAAAUCAAAAUGUACAGACAAAUAUGCUGUGGAGGAAAUUCCUUGCUCAUCGCUUAUAAUUAUGCAGUCGCUAUCGAUGCCUGCAUGCUUGGAAAAUGGCGGAGUUUGCUUAUUUCUGCAAAAAUUUAUCAAGUGCAUUUUUGAUGAUAACGCCAUGGUUCGCCCGAUCCUAUUUGAGUUCCACCUUGCUAUUGAGGCUCUCACCGUGCUUUAUGCGAGUGGAAACAACUUCCCGUCAGAGCGGGACAUUUUUUCGCAAAAAUUGUCUCUUUUAUCCUUCAAAGGUAGCGGUUCGCGCGAGAAACAAGAUCUGUCUGCAAUGGCGUGUAGAAUGAUGCUUUUCGAGAAAUUCAAGGCAUUCCACAUCCCGCCUUGUUUGGGAAGGUUUUUCAACCUUGUUAUACAUGAAGGGGAAUGCUCCGAUUCGAUGGCAUAUUUCUCUCUUUGGCGCAAAUGGUUUUCCAAUCCUGCUUUUCUGGCUCGAAAAAAUGGGUUGUUGUGGAAUUCUCCUCUUGCUUCUCCAGAGCAUGUUUUCCCCCAAAAUAGGUAUUCCGAAAGGCGGCUGAUGCUAUCUUCGUCUGCUUUGCUUGCAAUUUACUCUGCACAUGAAAAGCCCGAACAUUUCUGUUGCGGUGGCAAUGCCGAGUCUAGCGAGACGAUGGAAUGCGAACCGAACCACAUUUUUGGAUGUCUGAACAGGUUUUAUGGAACCGUUGCUUUGUAUGCGGUUGCUUACAAAAAUGUCGAAGUUCUUGAUUUGAUCCUCACAAUUGAAUCUCUCCCAAGGCCAGUUUUGUAUGACUUACAGUACUAUCUUUGGUCUUUGGUGCCAUCAAGCCCUCUAUAUGCGAUUUUUCAAAAGUCACAGAUUCCAUUUAUGCUUGCCUGCAUUUUGAAGCUUUUGAAGCUACUUUGCGGAGACAUAUCGAUGUCCAUUUUAGAGGCUGCAUUUGACGUCUAUUCUCUAUCCAGCGGCGCAAACACCUUUGUUGAGAUGUCUGGUCUAUCCCGAACGUUUACAGCAUUGGGGCAAUUUAAUGACUUUUUUGCUUCGGCUCAGUUUGCAUGCUUUUUAAAGCAAAUCGACAACGGCGAAGCUCCUGAGCUCAUCUGUGACGUUUUAUCUAUUGACGGAAAAAGCACAAAUGUGGACAUGCUCCGCGGCAUUCUGCACAUGCUAUCGGAGCUUUGUGCUCCCGUAGUGGAUCCCAUAUUGUUCCCAGUCCUUUCUCCUAUAUUUGCCGCCCAAGCGCAUUUAAACAUCGAGGUUGACAUGCUUGUUCUGCAGACUUUUCAACUGGUUUGUGGAUCUCUCAAUCAUCCAGAGGCUUUCGAUGAACAAGUCAAAAAAGUCCUUUUCAUUUCUACUGGCCUCUCUGACUCCAUCGAUGCAGCGCUGGGAGAGUCGGUUCCCUCCGUCUUUGAUGUAUCGGUACCUUACUUUUGCGGUAUAAUAUCGCAAUUCACCAUUUUUAAGAACGAACUGCUCUCAAAAUUGCCAUCUCAUAUUGACGAUAGCUCAUUUGCUGCAAUUGAUUUGUCAAACUUGCAUCAUUUCCUUCUUUCGCUUUUGAGCCAAAUUGAGCAAGUCGAUAUUCCAUUUGAUAUUGUCGGAUCUCUCUUGCUUCCAUUGAUACUUUUAUCUUUGCUGAAGAUAAUCAAGCCCAACAGGUUUUCUAAAUGCAGCAGCAUCUCUGCUAUCGGCCCUCUAUGCUCCUUUGGCGGCUCAUUUUCGUCACCCCUUCUUGGCAAGGCUUACAUGGAUUGGGCGAUGUCCUAUUCCGGUGCCUCACGAUCAAAUCUCAACAUCCUAUACUCGUUUUUAUACGCACACAAUCCCUGUAGCGAGAUUAUCAACAUGAAGAUUGCCGAUGUUUAUCUUCCCAAGGAUGUGUUUGUGUUGACACAAACGAAAAUGCCGCCCUUCAUUUUGACGCCCAACACAAUUUAUGACAUGCUGUUCCGUAUUUCGAGCGCCAUGGUGUCCUUAAAUGAUGAGCUGAGAAACAAAAUCGCAACAUCAAACAUUUCCGAUUUCAUCGUCUCGGAUUUUACGGCAUCGAUCUCAUCGCUAUUGCUUCUCAAUAUCGACUUUUGCAUCGUAAAAACAACAUCCUGGAAUGCGUUGUACGAGUGUAUCACCACGGUGUCUUCCAAAAUCAUGACGUGCAUCGAGACGGGCUACGAGGUUGCAAGAUUGAACGAUAAAACCGGGUUUUCUUCAUGGCUUGUUACGCAAUUGGAUGCACUUUCGCGGCUUUUGAUCGAAUUUCGGAAGCAAGAAAUUGCUCUCAUCUGCUCCAUGCUUUUACAAGAAGACACCUUGUAUUUCUCCGACUCGUUGGCCUCUUUUUCGCUCGAUCAAUUUGUCACUUUGUUCCGCGAGUCUCUGAGAUCAGAUAUCGACUUUGAAAGCCUAUUUAAACUGCUGGAUGCUUUUGUAUUGAACACUUCUAUUGUUGAGGCUAGGCUGCGAAUAGAGCUUCUGUUUGCAUUGUUCCACUUUCACGAGCGCAAUGGUGCCGGUCGUAGCAACACCGCGCUACUGAAUGUUCUCUGGCAUGGUGGCUCGUAUUUUAACGCAUUUUAUGUUCGAAAAAUAGCCUCUCAUAUUUCAAAAGAGAGCGCUGUGCUGCUGAGCGAGAUUCGGGAAAAAGCCACGCUGAUUUCGUGCUCUUAUUUGAACGAAAUGAUAGUAAGGCAGUGUUCUGACAAAAUUCAUCAUCUCACGUCAAGGUCGCUGAAAGCGCUCAAUGAAAUGCUGACCACACCCACGGUUUCCUUUAUUUCUUCAUGUAAAGCUUGUGUGGUGCAAGUUGGCUGGAAAUUUGAUCUUGCAUGUAACAUUUUGCCAGCAGACGAAUCCAUCAAGGUUCUUGCAAAGGCUUCUCGACUUUUCUCUGCUGAAAUGGAAAGGUUAUGGCGGGGGGUGG